UUUUACUGAAAGUGAAAGUAAGCUCAGUCAGAAAGUCAAGCACAGGUGUCCAAUGGAUCAAAAUUAUAAACAUUCGCUGUAUUUUGUGGCAGACGACCUCGAGGAUCAGGCGAAAAAGAAAAUAAGAAGAUAUUUCAUGAAAAGACGAGACUCGGGGGGAGGUAAUUGUGGAGAGAUACAAAAAAUUGGCGAGAAACUUCACAAAAUUACGUUCGAGCAACAAGAAGAUCAAGAAAGGGUUCUGAAUAGAAAAAGUCACACAAUUUCACUACCGUCAGGACAAUUAAAUCUGAACGUGGCCAGGACUGAGACGGAAGCCAGAAGUUUAGAGACAACACCAAAUCAAUCAUCGCCAAAGCCUUCAAAAGCAUCAAAUUACCUGGAGAGAACUUUUUCAUGGGAUAUUUACCUUUUACAGUAUCUACAUGACUGUAGUAAAGCGUUUAAAAUCUUAGAGAAGCAGGUCUAUUGCAUUGGCUGCACUGUCGAACUGAACUUUGAUCAGGAAAUUAUUGUAGUGAAAGCAGAUGCACAGAAGGGACUUGGUGGUGCGUUCAGUGGCGUACCGGAAAAAUGGGAAAUGCAAGUUGACCGUGUUUUGAGUAGUUUCAAGGAGAGCUUCAUUUGCUUUAAUGUGGUUGAUCCCAAGAAAGUUAAAAUCAUUUUGCAGGAUCAAAGUUUCGCAGAUGACGACGUGAAAGUGUACAAUGAGCUUGGAUAUCUGGUUGUAGUUGGAGAAAAAAGCAUUGUCGAGGAAAAAAUACAAAGUUUAAACAGAAAUUUACCGACCAAAACAGAAUUGUCAGUAGAUGAAAGACAGUAUGCCUUGAUUGGGGAAGAAUUCUCAAGAGAGAUGCGGACAAACUUGCCAAACGUUAGAAUCAUAAAAAGUAAUAAUGUUACAGUCUUAGAGGGUCUUGAUCACGAGGUGCAGUUAGGUUUGGAUUUAUAUGAGAAUUUACUCAAAAACAUUAAACAAAAGUACAUACCAUUUUCACCUGAGCUACAAAAUUUCUUCACCACCAGCGAUGCGAUUGCAAAGUAUAAAACACGAUUCCAGCUAUGUCUGAGAAAUCCAGUCUGCUUAGAAAUGCUCAAUUUGGAUUUAGUUUUGUCAAGUUUGUCAAUGGAAGCUGUUGACGAGGCCACAGCUAUUUUAGAAAGAGAUUUCAGUAUGACUAUUGUACAUUUGGAGGGAAAUGCUGCAGUAUCACCAGAUUUGGAUCGAAUUAAUGAACUUUUAACAAAAAGUAAAGAUCAAGCAAAUAUCCAGGAACGUAGGAUUGAUGUUAAUUUAGUUCCUGCACCAAAUAGUACAACCAAAAUCCAACUUGUGGGCUACAGCGAAUGUGUAAACCAAUUAAAAGAGGAGUUACACAACUAUCUAUUGAAUCAUGUAACAGUACAAGAUACGCUAGACCUACCUAAUACAGAAAUGGUUGAACUUUUUGGUAAAGUUUUGACUUUGUUUGCACCAAAGGAUAGCAGAGUGUCCAUGAACGCAUCGCUAGUCCCCUAUCCACGCGUGCUGCUUUCAGGGCCUCAGCAGAUAGUCCGAAAAACCAAAUUGGAACUUCACAAAGAACUUGAAAGUUUGAUUUCAGAUACUUUAGUAAUAGAUGGACCAGGAGCGAGUCAGUACUACAAGGCAGAAGGGAAACCUAGUAAAGAACUGAUUGAAAGAUCAAAUCAAGUCAUCAUACAAGAAAUGGAAAAAACUGAAGAAGUUCUUUAUACUGAGCUGAGUACCUCAUCAACAAGCCGCGCUGAAGGAGCAGCCAGAAGGAGCAGUGAUGCGGACACGCAAACUCCAUUCAGCAACGUCAGUGUGGAAAUCAAGCUGGGAGAUUUGAUCAAUGAACAGGUGGAUGUGCGGGUGGUCCCGAUGGUGAAUAAGAGUCUACAGUCCACUAAGAUUGGGAAGAGUCUGGUGAAAAAAGGCGGACUGCAGAUGAAGAUAAAGUUUAGCUCUUCAAUGAAGAAGUCCAUGACGCCUGGGAAGGUCCUGGAGGUGAUUCCCCCUGCCUCUGUGGGCUGCUCCAAACUCUUCUUCAUUGAGUGUCUUCCCUGGGACGGAAUGGGAGGGCAGAGCAUAAAGGCCCUGAGCUCCGGUCUGCAGCGCUGCCUGGAGAUGUGUGAGGAGCAGAGGCACAGCUCAGUGGCGCUUACUGUGAUCGGUCUUGGAAAAGUGCUCAAAUAUCCACUCAGAGAGGCCAUCCUGCUGCUGACAGAGAAGCUCCAUCAGUUUGGAAGAAAAGCUACAGCGCCCUGUACCGUACAUAUUGUCAUUAAACCUGAUGAGGACGACACUGAGGAGAUUUGCCAUGAGGUUCAUAAACAGCUCAUCCAGAACCAGGGAGGACAAGCGAGCUUUAGGUCUGUCAGCAGUGAAUUAAAUGAUUUGUCCAUAACUGUGAAUGGAGUUCAACUGGAGCUUGUUUUUGGAGAUAUCACAAAUGAGAGGACGCACGCUGUGGUCAACUCCACCAACUUUGAGAGCUUUAACACUGGAGUAUGCAAAGAUAUAUUGGCUGUAGCGGGACCAGAAGUGGAAGCUGAACUCCAAUCAGCCAGAGUACACAGAGGGGAUGUGUUUGUAACGCAGCCUGGCCGCUUCCCCUGUCAGGGCUUGUUACAUCUUUGUGGACAAGGGGACAUAGUGCUCAUCAGACAGUUAAUGGGCAGCAUUGUACAAUACUGUGAAGCGUACGAGUGGUCGUCUGUGGCUGUACCUGCUAUCGGAGCUGGAGGCUGUGGUUUUUCAGCUGGAGUUGUUGCAGGGGCGAUGCUUCAAGGCCUGAGUGACGCUCUGUCCAUCCCUCUUAUGAGUCUGGUCAAAAUCAGGCUCGUCCUCAACAAAGCCAAUGUCUUUACGGCUUUCAAAGAGGAAGCUUCUCAGAUAUUUCCAGGCAUUCAAAGAGUGGUCCCUCUUUCCCCUUUUUAUCCUCCUCCUCCUCCUGAACCUGCUCCUCCUCCUCCCGCCAGCAUCGCCAUACCCAGAUCUCGGACAAGCUCUUCUGAUCAGAAAUCUGUCUUUAAAAUCAUCGGUCUAUCUCAAGACAACAUCUCCAAAGCCACGGCAGCCAUGAAAGAAGGCUACCAAGCCCAAAACUCCUCACAAACAUUCAAAAAACAAGAACUAGACGCUUUAACGCCUGCAGAUUUUGCAACACUGAAGGAAAAAGUGGAGUCUUUCGGACUAAAUGUACAAUUGAGUGAAGGCGAUUGGAUUGUGACAGGACUAACUGUUAAAGUGAACCAAGUAAUAGAUUUAGUUAAAAGUUUCAUGUACGGGACACUGACCAGAGAGAUACGGACAAGGGAGGAGGAAGAACUGUACAGAAAAGUGGCAUGGUGCAUUCAAGGAUCCAAUGGAGAGUGGGAAAGGCUGCCCAAAGCUGCAAAUUACGAGCUGGAGAAUAAAGAGACAGAUGCAGGAGUAGCAGACGCACAUGGGCUGGAGUGGGACGUUGAUUUCACAAAUAUGGAGCUCAUCAGAAAGUCUUCAACUGAAAAAGCUGCACUGAAAAGACUGGAAAAUCUGCCAGACUUCACCUUCCCUCUGUAUUGGGACAACAUGACGUCUGAUCAAAAUCUCAGAGUCGUCCCAUUGUUGCCAACGUGUGCAGAGUACCUGAAAGUCAAGUUGGGAUUUCAACAAACCUGCACCAAAAAUGUUAUUAAGAUUGAGCGAGUGCAGAACGUUCACCUGCGCAAAUGUUAUGAGGCCCAGUUGAAGCACAUCUCAGAAAAAAACAAACAAAUUGGAGGAGCCAAUGAGAGACUGCUGUAUCAUGGAACCACCAAGGGAAACGCAAAAUCUAUCAUGAACACAGGGUUUGACUGGCGCUUUUCCGGACAAAAUGGCACUUCUUAUGGUCAAGGCAACUACUUCGCCCUUUGCGCCAAGUACUCCGCCCAUGCCAAUUACUCUAAACCUUCUAUGGAUGGGAUACAGCGUAUGUUUUUGGCUCGAGUCCUGACGGGUCUCCACACUUUGGGACAGCCGAACAUGAGAGUACCUCCUCCCCGAGACCCCCAAAUGCCCCAUGAUCGGUUUGACAGUGUGGUAGACAACAUGAACCAGCCCAGUAUGUUUAUAGUUUUCCAGGACCACCGUGCCUACCCAGACUACCUCAUCACCUUUAAAUGAUUGUACAGAGAAAAGGGAUGAGGGAACUACUGACAAAAAUGUAUAUAUGGUUUAUUUUGAAUAUCCUGAUGACAGUAUUUUUGCAAUCCAUGAAAAAUACAGUAAAUUGUUGUUGUAAUUUCAGAUUGUAUUAUAUUAGAAAUUAUUAUUUGCUUUAAUUUAAUUUUUUAUUUAAUGGUAUUGCAAAUUCUAACGCUGCGAGGUCAGAUGGUUUCCACGAAGUGAAACUAGCUGAUGAAUCAGGCUAAGAUGCCGUAACCAGUUGCAGUGAAAAUUCAGGGAAAAACUUCUUGCCUUACAUGAAUGAGUGAGUGAAUGGAAAUGCAAUGUACUGUAAUUUAAAGUGUCAGAAAGCACAAUAUAAUAGAGAAUACAUUUGUUUUAAAAUGUGUUGAGCUGUUUACAAAGUUCUGACAGUUUCUUCAUUAGCACUUUAUUAUUGCAGGAGGGACUUCUUCUCAUGUUUGGAUUAUUCUGAUGAUGUAAUAAAUUAUAAUAAAUAAUAAACCUCCUUGUC